AUGGACUGUGUCUCGGUGGAGGACUUUCUCAGGGAGGUUCAGGAGGACUGGAAGUCUCCCACCACAUCUUCAUUCUGUGACAAGAUGCCUCUGUGCAGGAACACAAUGCAGAGCAUCGAGGAGGCUCUGGACUGUGACCUGGUUUUGUUGCAGAAAAUGAAGAAAGCAGCGAAAGCCAAAUUCAACUCAGGACAAGAACACGUCUGUCACAUGGAGCAGUACAUCGGGGCCAUGCAGAAGCUGUCCGUUGCCUGUCACUCAAACGGAGAGAGUGAAGUGGGAGGGGCUUUCUGCAAACUUGCCGACUUCUCUAGAGAGCUGCUCAGUCCCACCAAGAAUCUGCUUAAGAGUCUUCUUCAUAACGUGAACUUCUUCCUGGAGUCUCUGGUGAAGGGCGACCUGAGGGAUGUCAGAGGGGAGCUGAAGAAGCCAGUGGAGCGUGCCUGGAGAGACUACGAGAACAGAUUUAAACAGGUGGAGAAGGAGAAGAGAGACUUGGCACGGCAGUAUGGGAUGGUUCGUACCGAAGUCUCUGGGUCAGAACUCGCUGAAGAGCUGCACUAUGAGAGGCGGAGCUUCCAACUCAGCAUGUGUGAGUAUCUGAUUAAAGUGAACGAGAUCAAGACCAAGCGUGGAGUCGACCUUCUGCAGAACCUCACUAAGCACUACCAUAGCCACAACAUUUUCCUUCAAGAGUGUGUCUCGACCUCCACCAGACUGAAGCAGUACAUGGAGCAGCUCAACUCUGUUCUCUCCACGGUGAAGCAGCGUCAAGAGGAUCAGAAGAAACAGUUAAUAUCCCUGAGAGACCUGCUGAGACCUGACCCAGACCAGGACUCUGCCCCUAAAGUGGUCUACAGUUUGCAGCAGUUUGUUGGAGAUAAACAGUUUGGGACCGAAAAGAGUGGCUUCCUGUACAAGAAGAGCGACGGUUUGAGAAAAAUGUGGCAGAAGAGGAAGUGCUGUGUCCAUGACUGUUACCUCACCAUCGCCCAUGCCACGACAAACAAACCUCCGACUCGUCUGAAUCUUCUCACAUGUCAUGUCCGACCAAGCGACGAAGACAAGAAAUGCUUCCACCUCAUCUCCAAUAACCGCACAUACCACUUUCUCACGGAGGAUGAGGUGGAGUGUGUGGCCUGGGUGUCAGUGUUGGUAAAUAGUAAACAGGAAGCUCUAGAUGCGGCCCUGGACGACAGUCGCCGCGGUAACGGCCUUAGUGACAGGGGCGGGGCCAGCAAGGACCUGACCAGAGCUGUCACCCAAGAAAUCCGACGCAUGAGAGGCAAUGACCGCUGCUGCGACUGUACUGCUCCCGACCCGAGCUGGCUCUGCACUCACCUGGGCGUGCUCACCUGUAUUGAGUGUUCAGGUGUUCACCGGGAGAUGGGCGUCCAGAUGUCCAGAGUGAGGAGCCUGAGCCUGGAUAGCCUCAGCCCCACCGACCUGCUGUUGGCGCGAAACGUGGGAAAUUCAGGACUUAACGAAGUUCUGGAGGCCAGUCUUCUGAGUCCCAGUCUGAAACCAGGUCCACAGAGUCCUAUGUCGAGGAGGCGGGACUUCAUCCUGUCCAAGUACCAGAGCCUCCAGUGGGUUCGGCGUGGUUUGACCUCUGACCCCACACAGAGAUUGCAGGACGCCACGAGGACUGCCGACGUCUACGGCCUCCUGCACCUGUACGCCGAGGGGGCGGACCUAAGCCAGCCACUCGCCACACACAUACAGGAGAGGGGAGAGAGCGCGCUUCACUUGGCUGUGCUUUUGGCCGACAGAACGUCUCUGCACAUCCUCGACUUUCUCGCCCAAAACUGUUCUAAUGUGGAUGCACAGACGUCGUGCGGGAACACAGCUCUUCACUACAGCUGUUUACACGACAAGAGUGACUGUGUCAAACUGCUGCUACGAGCUCGAGCUAACGCUAACAUGAAGAACGACUUCGGAGAGACACCUCUCGACGUGUGCCGCAGACUGAAGUACAGCCACUGUGAAGCGCUGCUCAGUGAGGUUCACGGGGAGCGUCUGCGUCACGUGGAGUAUGAGUGGAGACUGAACACCGACCUGUAUGACAGUGAUGAAGAGCCAGAGAGUUUUCCAGUGAAAAACGAGCGUUCCUUGUUCUCUUUCUCCUCUCGUCCAAUUACCUCGUCUGCUUCGCUCUUUGCCCCACCCUCCUCUCUGGCGAUUGGCCGAAGACUGGCAAUGCCUGCAGGUGCCACCUCCCCAGCCCCACCCUUGCCACCCCGGGUCAAAGCCCCUCCCGCUGGGGGUAGAGACGAGGAAGAGGAGACAGAAAGCUUCCUCAUGCAGACAGGAAACAGGAAGUGCUCUCUGACUCCACCCCCUGUGGCCGUGAGACGCAAAAGGACCUGCUCCGAGUCCAACAAACAUGAUUCCAGAGUCCAGCCCCGUACCCCAUGCGGUCCCUCUUCUUCACACUUGCAACUGACUUCUGCCAACGCCGACCGCCACAACAGAGGAGUCCGACGCGCUGAUAGUGAUGUUUCUCAUGCAUCCAAUCAGAUUAACUCUGACAGAAUUCCAACCAAUCAGAGGUCUCAGAGUCUUGAGAGUGACAGCCGAGGGCCUGUCCCCCAGCCCAGGCCCCGUACAUCAUUGGUGGGAGGAGGGAGAGGUGGGGUCAGAGCAAAAGAUGGUGGGGCUGGAGGCAGCACUGCUGUGGUGACCCCUCCUCUCGUUGCCGCGGGGACGGAGCGUGUUGUGGCGAUGUAUGACUGUGAUGCUGAUCAUGAAGAUGAGCUGAGCUUCAGAGAGGGACAAGUCCUAGUGGUGCACGAGAGACCGGACCCAGACUGGUGGGUGGGACAUGUGGAGGACGGUCCAGAGCAGAGAGGUCUGUUCCCUUCUUCAUUUGUCCAAGAACUCAACUGAGACCAGACCAGAGACCAGGGACCAGUGACCAGGGAUACCGGGAUCAAGACCAACCUAGACUAAGAUCACUGAUCACAGAGCAGGGUCUGAUGGACUUUGGAGGGAAUGCCGCAUUUGGACCAAUCAGAUUCUACGCUGCAGAACAUGUGGUCUUAUCUGUGCAGUUUGGACCAAAAUUUUGCUUUAUUUAUUUAUUUAUUUAUUUAUUUAUUCAUUCAUUCAUUCAUGUAAUUAUUCCUCUGUUUGUUUGUUUUUGGUUUACC